ACAGGAAUUUCGACGUAUUAGUUUUCCAGAAAUUAAGAGGGUUUUAAUAAAUUGCAAGCAAUAUUUAAAAUAAUUCAAAGAAAAAUCACGAAGAUACAUACAUACAGUUAUAUUUAAUAGGUGAUCAAUUUUGUGUGUGCAUAAAGUACAUAGCACAAGGAAUAGUAGCAUUAAAAAACUCACGAACCAGGAAGUCAUGGCCAAUAAUUACUUGCAGCCAGUACACAAUCACUUCGAUCUAAAUGCCACUGACCUAGAAGACGUGGAUGAUGACAUUUUUUUGAAUAAUUCACGUAUGAAUAGCACAUUGUCUGGUCGUGGUAGUGGAGUCGGCAGUACUAUGGGUGGGCGUAGCACUAACCCAUUCGAAGACCCACAACAGAUAUAUGCCGAGCGACGCAGAGAAAUCGAAGCCCGUUCGUUAGAGUCCACGCAACGUAGCUUAGGCUUGCUGUAUGAAACUGAGGAUGUAGGUAAGGCCACAGCGGUUGAAUUGGCCAAACAACGCGAACAGCUGGAGAAUACGUCGCGGCAGUUGGACGAAAUUAAUUCCACGUUACGCUUCAGUCAACGACACUUGAAUGGGUUGAAAAGCGUUUUUGGUGGACUUAAGAACUACUUAUCUGGUAAUCGUGAUGUACCGCCAGCGUCGCGUGCACCUAGCGCACAAGCUGGUGGCGCUCAAUCGAUGCAACAGGAACCACAAGAUAGUACCGGAAAUAGUAGCUCUUCACCAACAGCUAUGUCGCCCACCGAACGCUACGACAAUCAUCCCAUCAGUCGUAUCCGUGACGAUUCAACCGCCUAUAAGCAACGGGAGCAAGUACAAGCACAGCGACGUAAUAAUCCUUUUGAGACGCAAUUAGAAGCGAAUUUAGAAGAGAUGUGCGAUAAUUUGUCGCGUUUAAAAUGUCUCGCUACGGAUUUGGGUGGCGAAAUUGAAUCGCAAAAUGAGUUGUUAGACAAUAUGAAUUAUAAAAUUGAAGAUGUCGAUAUAAAAAUGAACAAGCAAAAUAAAGAAAUGUACAAAUUGCUUGGCAAAAAGUAGGUGUCGGUCUCGUAGUUGAAGAAUAAUCGUGGAGCUCUGCAAUUGUAAUAAAUUAUGUUUGAAAAUUCUAUAUUGAGCUUUACAUGCA